AGAGUCAGUGAGUCGUUUACCUUCGGCGGAACUCCUGACACCUGGAGCUCCUAGACUCCGCUUCCCUUUACCCUUUCCCCGCCCCUCUCCCUUCUUCCUGGCUGCCGUUCACCCCAGGUUCCGAGGAACAGGAGGAUAUUAUAUCUUAACAAAGAAAAACAAAAAAAAUUAAUAAUCUUGCUGAGUCUCACAGUUUACCCUCCCCUCCUCCACUCUUACCACUACCUCCCUCCCCCACGCCGCCCCGGUGGGAGUGACGCCUCGAGUGUGAGCGAGCCCAACUCCAACCGUCGUUUCUUUUUGAAGAGUAACGGCCGCCGCGAGGUUGGGUGCGCGCUGCUGCCGCGAGCGAGGAUCUGCUUAACAGGGAGGCCAAGUUUCUCUCAAACUCUUCGACAACCCUCAGCCUUCUCAAGACAGCAUGGCUCGGGCAAAGGCCAAGGAGGGAGAUGGAGACUGGAAGAAAUUCCUCUGGGACUCCGAAAAAAAGCAGUUUCUAGGCAGGACCGGCAGUAGUUGGUUCAAGAUAUUCUUGUUCUACUUGAUCUUCUAUGGGUGUCUCGCUGGGAUCUUCAUCGGAACCAUUCAAGUACUGCUGCUCACUAUCAGUGAUUUCGAACCGAAAUACCAGGACAGAGUUGCACCUCCAGGAUUAUCACAUACACCGUAUACAGCAAAAACAGAAAUUUCUUUUGGUAUGUCAAACCCAAAGUCCUACGAAAACUUUGUGCGCAGUAUGGGCACCUUCUUGGAUGGUUACAAUGAAACCUUUCAGGCUGGCAGCGCUCAUUUUGAAGACUGUCCUGAGACUCCUAGUAACUACAUUAAUAGAGGUGCACUAGACGAAUCGGGUGGACAGAAGAGAGUGUGCAGAUUUAACCGUAAGUGGCUUAAGAAUUGCUCUGGACUAGAUGAUCCUAGUUAUGGCUAUGCAGAUGGCAAACCCUGCGUUGUUGCGAAGCUCAACAGGAUUAUUAACUUUUAUCCCAAGCCUCCAAUGAAUACCACUGCUCUUCCUGAAGAGCUGCAAGCAAAUUAUAAUCCGUUUAUUAUUCCUCUUCAUUGUGCAGCAAAGAAAGAAGAAGACAGAGACAAAGUUGGACACGUGGAAUACUUUGGCAUGGGAGGAUAUGCUGGCUUUCCUUUGCAGUAUUAUCCAUACUAUGGCAAGCGUCUGCAGGAAAAAUACCUCCAGCCCUUAGUGGCUAUUCAGUUCGUCAACAUCAAACACAACGUGGAAGUGCGCAUCGAGUGUAAAGUGUAUGGUGAAAAUAUUGGAUAUAGUGAGAAGGACCGCUAUCAGGGACGUUUUGAAGUAAAAAUUGAGGUCAAGAGCUGAUAACUGCAUAAUAGAAGUUGCCCCUUAUUUCAAAUUAGUCUUGAACAAACUGUCAUACAUAUGGGACCUACACUUAAUCUAUGCUUUACACUAGCUUUCUGCAUUUACCUAGGUAUGUAACAUAAAAGCAAUAGUAGUACAUAUUUAUUCUACUGUAAAUGAUACUACUUGAGCCAUGGGUAUACCCAUUAUUGUAAAUUAUAAUUCCACUAAUGUGUAGCAGUCAGUGUUUCUGUCCCUUGGGUAUUGCUGCCUUGUGCCUCGUGUGGGUUUGAGUGUACAGUACUGUAGUGCAUUCACUGGUCCUUCAAACCAUGUUGCAGUUUAUAAGCAAGCUUUGCUUUCCAAGUUGUAAAUACUUUGAAAAUUGCCAUGGUACAUGAUUUUGUUUUUUUGCCCAUGUGUAUGAACAUACUGCACUCUGAAGUUUUUGUGUAGGGGGGAGGGAGGAGAUAUUGCAUUUUCUUUUGGCAAUGUUAAGUGUAGGGUGAUGGGUUUUAUUACACUUCCUUUAGAUCUGUUCAAUCUUCAAUCUAUGUUGAGAUCUGGGUCUAGCUAUCAAGCUAUUGUGAUUAGUUAUUAAAGUUGUUUGCUGGAGCCAUCACAUGGUGGUGUCUAUGAAUGUUUUAACCAUUUUCAUGGAAGAUUUUAUAUUUAUGCAGUUGUAAAAUUUUUCUGCAAAGUAAUGUAUAAAAGAUACCAAAGUCACUGGUAAAAUCAUAAUCUUUAUUUUAAACCAAUGCAGUAGAAUGGUGUUCAUGGUGUAAAAUGCAAAUGCAAUGUAACAUCUGUAAACUUGUUGGGAGAACAGUACUCCACCUGAUUUAAAGCAUCAAAAAAUAAAACUCAUGAACCUA